GUAUUAGAUAGAGAUUAGAGAAAAGGUGCUAUAAAAAAAUUGUCAUUUUAAUUUAUCUCUUUCUUUCCCUUUGCAACUCUCUGCAAUAAUGUGGACGCAGCAAGUGCUUCCUCUACCACCCCACAAACCGUUUCUUCGUUGUUCACCUUCGAACCCAUCCUUUGUAAAUGGCAAAAAUGGUUAUUGCAGAGUAAAGGCAUUGACUUUGGAUGAACUUCCCCCAAACGCGCUUCGGAAGAAGAGAGAGCCGCAAUGGAGAGGAGGCUUCAGCCUCGGACUCGACUUGGGAUUGGCUCGCACUGGCCUCGCCCUCAGCAAAGGCUUCUCUAUUCGCCCUUUAACCGUUUUGGAACUGCGAGGACAGAAGCUUGAGGUUCAGAUUAUUAACAUUGCCGAAGAAGAGGAGGUUGAUGAGUUUAUAAUUGGACUUCCAAAAUCUUCUGAUGGGAAGGAAACACCACAGUCGAACAAAGUCCGAAGUGUUGCUGGAAGGCUUGCUGUUCGAGCUGCUGAGAGGGGUUGGAGAGUGUAUCUACAGGAUGAACAUGGGACAACAGAAGAAGCCAAAGAUAGAAUGAUCAACAUGAGUUUAAGUAAGUCCUCUCAGCAGAAGAAACUUGAUGCCUAUGCUGCCAUGAUGGUACUGGAGAGAUAUUUCUCCACGUCAGGUCAGGGUACUGAACUUGUUUUGCCCAAGAAUCUAGAAUUACAAGCAAAACUUCAAAGGGGUCCUCCCAAAGAUGUUGAUUUUUUCUCAGACGAAGACUAAUCUCAGGUUUGCUUUGUUCCAUUAGCUUCUAUGGUCAAUUUUAUGGCGGUGCCUGGUAAGGGUUGACAACAUGUUUGGAAGCAGCUUACUUGUACCAUUCCUUCAUGAUUACAAAUUGCAAUUAUGCAUGAAAAAGUUUUCAAAAAAGAGAAAGAUAUUCCAACAAUCAGUGAUCAACAUGAAGUAUUUAGAUUUUAUAUCAGGAAAGGGAGGGCAGCAAGCAAACCAUGUCUAUUCGAGGCAUUAAAAUUAUUGUAAAAAAUAUAUAUUUAUUCAACAUGAAGUUUGAGCUUCUGAUUAUUAUUAUUUUCUUGAUCCACUCUGUUUUCCAUGUGGGAUCUGUAGCUAUUGGUGGUGAAAUCAUCCUAAUUUUUUAACCCAGUUGAUUAAUGAAGUUUGUGUUUUAAGAUCAA